AUGUGGUUCUUAUUGUUAGUCCUGGCAGCGACCGGUGUUAUGGGGCAAGCUGUAAAUGUUCAUGUGGAGAAUGACACACAACUGAAAUUUGGUUUUGAAGUUGAUUACGUGAACGAUCAAUUUUUGCUCGAUGGAAAACCGUUUCGAUACGUUUCCGGCAGUUUUCAUUAUUUCCGAACGCCGAGACAAUAUUGGAGAGAUCGUUUAAGAAAAAUAAGAGCAGCUGGAUUAAACGCUGUCUCUACUUACGUAGAAUGGAGUCUUCAUCAACCGACCGAGGAUAAAUGGGAAUGGACAGGUGAUGCAGAUCUGCUGAAAUUUUUGGAUAUUGCUCAGGAAGAAGAUUUAUUGGUCCUUUUAAGACCGGGUCCAUACAUCUGUGCAGAAAGAGACUUUGGCGGCCUUCCUUACUGGUUAAUACCACGUGUAUCAUCCGGAAAAUUACGCGUAAAUGAUCCACAAUACAUGCAUUAUGCGGAAAUAUACUUAAAUGAAGUGUUGGAACGUGUUAAGCCCUAUCUCAGAGGAAACGGAGGUCCCAUAAUAAUGGUUCAGGUGGAAAACGAGUAUGGAAGCUUUGCUUGCGACACACAAUACAUGAGUCGUCUACGGGAUAUAAUGAAAGAGAAAAUUGAGACAAAGGCUUUAUUGUACACAACCAAUGGUGCGAAUGAUGUUAUGCUUAGUUGUGGAUCUGUGCCAAACGUUUAUACCACCAUUGACUUUGGAACUUCUACAAAUGUGAAAAAAACUUUCGAAACCUUGCGCGUCUAUCAAUCUCAGGGUCCAUUGGUAAAUUCUGAAUUUUACCCAGGGUGGUUGACGCACUGGGAAGAACCAUUUCAAAGGGUAAAGUCCGGGGCUGUUAAAAAGACUUUGAAUGAAAUGCUCUCUAUGGGUGCAUCAGUUAAUAUAUACAUGUUUUACGGUGGUACAAAUUUCGGUUACACCGCUGGUGCUAAUGGUGGUCCAGACGCGUACAGUCCACAAUUAACUUCCUACGAUUACGAUGCUCCAUUGACAGAAGCAGGUGACCCAACGCCAAAAUAUUUUGAAAUUAGAAAUGUCGUCUCUCAGUAUUUACCUCUACCAAACACGUCCGUCCCAACAGUAUCUCCAAAGGGAGAUUACGGUCCAAUUUUCCUUACGCCUGUCUUGAAACUAUUGGAACCUAUCGGUCGCCAAUUACUUGGAACUGUUCCUGUUGAAAGCUUAGUACCGUUGACGUUUGAAACACUUGGACUGUCUCAUUGGCUAGUACUCUACGAAACCGAUUUAGUGACUAAUCCUUCGGAUCCAGCAGUUCUACAUGCCAUGGUCCGCGAUAGAGCACUAGUCUACGUGGAUGAUCAUCUAGUCGGAACCUUAAGUCGUACCAAUAAAGUGUACGACAUCGUAAGUUUAGAAGAGCCUUAUGGACAGAAGUUGAAGCUAUUAGUUGAAAAUCAAGGACGAUUAAACUAUGGCAGUGGACUUUAUGAUUACAAGGGAAUUUCGAACGUAACUCUUAACGGUGUUCCCCUCGGACCAUGGAGAAUGACUGGAUAUCCAUUAGACGACAUUAGUCCACUUAAUGACCUCAAAGAAAUCACAAUCAAAAGUGGAACUCUUCUAAAUGGUCCAGUGAUACUUCGAGGAAACUUCUCUGUUUCUGGUCAACCGAUGGACACAUUUUUGAACACCGUCGGUUGGGGCAAAGGGGUAGCUUUCGUAAAUGGACACAACUUAGGCCGAUACUGGCCACUGCCCGGACCCCAAAUAACUUUGUACGUUCCUGCACCUUUCUUAAAAACAGGUGAAAAUGAAUUGAUAGUAGUAGAGCUUGAAUACGUACCCUCCAACAGAAAAAUGAAAUUACAAAUUCAACCGAUUCUUCAUAACAAAUUUUAAUAUGCGAGCAAUUGUUACUAUUAUAUAAAAAUCUUGAUAUUUUCUA